GAGCCGGUUUCCCUCCCGCUAUGAGCCGCCCGAUCUGCAACCACUACGCCGAGCUCCUCUCCUCCACCGCCGCCGCCGCCGGCCGCGAUGGGGCCCGCGUCUCCGGCGCCGUCCACUGCCUCGUCCUCCGGACGCUCCCGCAGCUGCCGCCCACCUACCUGCUCAACCACCUCCUCGCCGCCUACGCCAGGUCCGGCCGCCUCCCCCUCGCGCGCCGCCUGUUCGACGCAAUGCCCGACCCCAACCUCUUCACCCGCAACGCGCUGCUCUCGGCGCUGGCCCGCGCGCGCCUCCUCCCCGACAUGGAGCGGCUCUUCGCGUCUAUGCCCGAGCGCGACGCGGUGUCCUACAACGCGCUCAUCGCGGGCUUCUCGGGCGCCGGCGCCCCCGCGCGGGCGGCCCGGGCGUACCAAGUGCUGCUCCGGGAGGAGGCGGUGGUGGACGGCGCCAGGGUCAGGCCCAGCCGCAUCACCAUGUCCGGCAUGGUCAUGGCCGCGUCGGCGCUCGGCGACCGCUCGCUCGGCCGGCAGGUGCACUGCCAGAUACUGCGGCUCGGGUUCGGGGCCUACGCCUUCACCGGGAGCCCGUUGGUUGAUAUGUAUGCCAAGAUGGGGCUCAUCGGGGACGCCAAGCGGGUCUUUGAUGAGAUGGAGGGCAAGAAUGUGGUGAUGUAUAAUACGAUGAUCACGGGUCUCCUCCGGUGCAAGAUGGUUGAGGAGGCCAGGGGGGUGUUUGAGGCGAUGGUCGACAGGGACUCCAUCACCUGGACUACGAUGGUUACAGGGCUGACGCAGAAUGGGUUGCAGUCGGAGGCGCUGGAUGUUUUCAGGCGGAUGAGUGCUGAGGGUGUCGGCAUUGAUCAGUACACUUUCGGAAGCAUCCUUACAGCCUGUGGCGCCCUUGCUGCCUCAGAAGAGGGGAAGCAAAUCCAUGCCUACACAAUCAGAACUCUGUAUGAUGACAAUAUUUUUGUUGGAAGUGCGCUUGUUGACAUGUACUCAAAGUGCAGGAGCAUCAGAUCGGCAGAAGCCGUUUUCAGAAGGAUGACAUGCAAAAACAUCAUCUCAUGGACUGCAAUGAUCGUUGGCUAUGGACAGAAUGGGUGCGGCGAGGAGGCUGUGAGGGUGUUCUCGGAGAUGCAGAGGGAUGGGAUUAAGCCUGAUGAUUUCACUCUUGGCAGUGUUAUAAGUUCUUGUGCUAAUCUAGCAAGCCUGGAAGAGGGAGCACAGUUCCACUGUAUGGCGCUUGUCUCAGGGUUGAGGCCGUACAUUACAGUGUCUAAUGCACUCGUUACCUUGUACGGAAAGUGUGGCAGUAUCGAGGACGCACACCGCCUGUUUGAUGAGAUGCCGUUUCAUGAUCAAGUCUCCUGGACUGCCCUUGUCUCAGGUUAUGCGCAGUUUGGGAAAGCAAAAGAAACUAUGGAUUUGUUUGAGAAGAUGUUAUUGAAGGGUGUGAAGCCUGACGGGGUAACAUUUAUUGGUGUCCUUUCUGCUUGUAGCCGUUCAGGGCUUGUGGAGAAAGGCCGCAGCUACUUUCAUUCCAUGCAGAAGGACCAUGGUAUUGUGCCCUUGGACGAUCACUAUACUUGUAUGAUUGACCUUUAUAGCAGAUCAGGGAGGUUAAAAGAAGCUGAGGAGUUCAUAAGGCAGAUGCCACGGUGUCCUGAUGCAAUUGGAUGGGCCACAUUGCUUAGUGCAUGCCGGUUGCGUGGCGACAUGGAUAUUGGGAAAUGGGCUGCUGAGAAUCUCUUGAAAACUGACCCUCAAAACCCAGCGAGCUAUGUCUUGCUGUGCAGCAUGCAUGCUUCUAAAGGUGAAUGGAGCGAGGUUGCCCAGCUUAGGCGCGGAAUGAGGGAUAGGCAAGUGAAGAAGGAACCAGGCUGCAGCUGGAUCAAGUAUAAAAAUAAAGUUCACAUAUUUUCAGCCGACGAUCAGUCUCACCCCUUCUCCGGAACAAUUUAUGAAAAGCUCCAGUGGCUCAACUCUAAGAUGCUGGAAGAAGGAUACAAGCCUGAUGUCAGUUCUGUGCUGCAUGAUGUGGCAGAUGCUGAGAAGGUUCACAUGCUCAGCAAUCAUAGCGAGAAGCUUGCAAUUGCCUUUGGCUUAAUUUUUGUUCCAGAGGAAAUGCCGAUCCGGGUUGUCAAGAAUCUGCGUGUUUGUGUGGAUUGCCACAAUGCUACCAAGUUCAUCUCGAAGAUAACCGGUCGUGAUAUUCUUGUGAGGGAUGCUGUCAGAUUUCACAAGUUUAGCAAUGGCAUUUGCUCAUGUGGGGACUUCUGGUAAUUCCACUGUCUGUUUGGCCAACGUUGCACAUGUUUCAAGUUUAACUAAAGUCAGAAGUGCUACUGGAAGAAAAGGAGGAAAGCUGAACGAAGCUAAUCAUGGAUAAUAGUCCCUGGCCAUCAACUGGGUUUGUGUGACACAGUACGAAAGAGACAAAGGGAGAAUCUGCAUUUGCUAACAGCAGUAUGCAGUUUGGUAUAAUUGUGCAUGACUUGUAUAUCCUUAUUGACUCUUGUGUACCAAAGUGGAAGGGUAUGCCAGGUUUUGUCAUUCUGUGCGCUAAUUACCAAAUUCGGCACAUUGACAGAAGAAACCACCACUCUUCUGCCUUAAUAGUCUGAGUGUUAAUCUUUUCAUUUCAUUUUAGCAUAACUAGAAUGAUGCUAGUCUGAGCUUAACCUCUUGCCAGAUAAAGCUCCAUCUCCAGUGUUUUUUCUUUACAUUUUACAUAAUAUUUGAUGUUGCACACUUCAAGUGGUUACUAGUUGCAAAAUGUGCAGGGUAUUUUUUCAGUUAUGGCUUGGAGAUGGGCCUCAAGUUUGUUGAAAGAAGAUCCCACUUAUGGCUUUGCACCAAGCAGCAAAGGGAACAAAGCGAUUUAUCACCAUCCACUGAGUCUCUGUUAUUAGCUUGGCUUCCAAAUCUCCAAGACUUUUGUUACGCAACCGAAGUGUUUCCACAGGCAGCCUAAAACAAUGCCAAUGUGAUGCCUGAACCAAUCCCUUGUUGAAGUUUAGUGCCUGGUUGCCAUAUGGGUACUUGAUGGCAAUGUGAGUCAUGUAAAGGGUAUAUUUCUAGCAGUUCUGCUUGGACAAGGUCAUUGCAGUUUUGUCACCAUUAGCUACUGGAGAACAAGCUGCAGCAAGUACUGGGAAGAACUUACUGGAGAAAUGCCCCUGAAGAACAGUUAUACUGCAAUUUGAAUAUCAGGAAUUGCAGAAGUCACUGGCUGCAUGCCCAAGAACCCCAGCAUGGCCAGUGAAGCCAAGUUGGCUUGGUUGUAGGAGUCCAUCUCAUGGAUGAUGAGGCUGGUGGUGGUGACCCGGGCGCUGGUGUUGUUGUUGAAGAGGCACAUCCCGUUGACGUAGAUGGUCUUUGUUGGGUACAAGCAGUUUGGCUGUACUAGCAGAAAUUGCUUAGUAUCUAGUUUGGUGGUAGUGUACCAAAUUGUAAAUCUUGCAUGCCACUAGACCACAAGGUGGCAAGUGAAGCAUGGGCAUGCAGAGCUUGUUUGUAGAACACAGACACAGCUAGCUAGCUUAGCUGCAUUGUGCAGUGAAGCUAAGUGAAACUCUCGACAAUGAGAUCACAGCAACAUAUUUA